AUGUCGGAUAACAAUCGCAAAAAGCGCAAACCCGCUUCCGAGUCUGCGCCCUCCGCAAAACGUCCGCGCUUCGCUCAACGAGCACACGCGCACCACAUCUCCACCAAGUCGACUAACGCCGCGUACCCCAACGGCGAGAUCAAUCUCAGGGCCUUCCUCAAUUCGCACCAAAACGAAAUCAACUCACUUGAAAAUGCAAUGCGCGCUGCAAAGAAGGGCUUGUCGCGUCGUGCCUUUCAGGAUGUACCCCGGGAGUUGAGGCGCAGGACGGCGAGUCAUAAUCCGCAGCGGGUACCGAAGAGACUGCGAGUUAGGGCAAAACAGGAAGCAAUUGAAGACAACACGCCGAUUUCCAGGGGAACGAGCGGAAGUGGGGUGGGGAAGGGCAAGAAAAAGUGGUUGCGAAAACAGGGGAUCGAGAAGAGUCGGAAGAUGUGGGAAGAGCGUAAAAGGAGGAGGAAAGAGAAUAAGGAUGGCGGCGAUGCAGCGGACGAAGCUAUGGAGGGUACGGGGGUCGAAAAGGUUACGAAUACUACCAAGAAGGACGUUGUAAAAAAGGCAAAGAGGAACUUUGCCGUGCUAGCUACACCUGAGACACCGCCCUCGCGCUUUCGCCGACGCCAGCAGAACAAGACGUGGCUUCCAACACAUAUUUGGCAUACGAAACGGGCGCGGAUGACACCUCCGACCGAACCGCUCUGGCGAUUUGCGAUACCACUAGCUCCAGCUGUAAAAGCGUAUCGCUUAACCCACCGAGCUUCGGCAUUGAGGGGCGCUGUGGCCUGGGAUAUGAGUUACAUGUCCACCAUAAGCUUGGAGGGCGUCGAAGCGAGCAUAUUGGGUCUGCUGAAAGGGUUGCACUUCUCGCAAGAGAGCGAAGAAGACCCAUGGCAGGAUCGAGGCAAGGCGAAGAAAUGGAGAACCGGUUCAAGGGUAUGGGACGGCUGGCUAUACGAACGAGAGGGAAACGUUCCACAGGGAAUUGCGUAUGUUACGAUCAUAUGGUGCGUAGCGGAGGAAGGCAGUACGAAGAGGAAGGUUUUCAUUCGGGUUCAUCCUUGCGCAUUCCUACAGCUAUGGAAUGAGGUCAUACGGAUCGCGAAGGUACAGAAGCCGGCAGUGACUCUGGAGGACCUUCGAUUUGAGAUCGGAUCGAUCGAGAUCGUAGGCCCCGGCGCCGCGGAAAGCCUUUGCUCCAUCUUACACCCGAGCUCUCCAGCCGACGAAAACUCUCCUCAAUCGACUUGGCCAGCAUUAACAGAGGUCUCAGAUCCCGGUGUCCUUCCACCAGGAGCGCUUUUCUCAUUUCCCAUUUGCGAUCCGCGGCUCCGAGACCCGCCACGCAAACCACGACGAGCCCAAGAUGUCGAGUCGCAAACGACAUUGAUGGAAUUGCUCGCUGCGUGGCCUGUCGAUGCGACCCAAAACGAAUCUGCCCUCUUCAGUCGCAACGCAAGGCUUGCGGCAGCACGUUCUCUCUCCUCCCAGAAAUCGAUCAACUGCCGCAAGAGCACCGAAGGCGCAUUCGGCGGAUACCCCGAGCCACGAGCAACAGACCCCCAAAUCCCCAUGCUAGUUUACACCUCGAAGAAGAGCAAGUCCUGGACUGUGCUCCUCCCAUGGAAGUGCGUGACACCGGUCUGGCGAGGACUCAUGCGAUACCCCUUGACAACUGGCGGCAACCCGCGAUUUGGUGGGUUGAAGGAAAGGCGUCAGGUAGCCUUCGAACGCUCGCUGCCGAGCUUUCCCUUCGAUUUUCCUGGAUGUGACGCCGGCUGGAGAUGGGAGCAGCAAGAGCGGGCGGUGAGGCAGCAUGAGUGGACGAAGCGGCCGAAGGGGAAGCGUAUCGAGUGGUCUACAAUCGAUAUGGGUAACGGGAGGAAGGGUGAACUAGGCGACCCUUGGGCGUGCGAGUGGGAGAGGCUUCUAAAGAAGGAUGGCGAAGCCCUGUCUAUGACGGGGACAGAAGACCAGCCCUCACACUCACCUUUCCACCAGCUACCUUCACGAGACGCCCCCGCAUUACUAGCAGGGAAAGUCGUCCCAUCAGUAUCAUCGUCUACACCACAUCUCUUCACCGUUAAGAUCAGUAUGACCCAGCGCGGCACGCCCACAACAUGCGCCCGUAUCUACCGUCUACCCACCAACAAUCCCAACCUCCGCACUGAAUGGCUCUCCCUUCUCCCUACCUUCAACCCCUCUUCCACCCGCACCAAACACUCCAGGACAGCCACUCCCUCGUAUCAAAACCUCCCAGGGCACAACCAGCGCCACGACCUCGCCCGCAGCUUCCUCCCGCCUCCAUCCGCGCGUGACGGUCCACCUAAGGCGGGAGAUGAAGAUUAUCCUAUCGUGCCUGACGAAGAGGACUUGAUUGGGUUUGUCACAACGGGGAAUUACAACCUUGCUGAGGGGAUGCCGACAGCAGUUGCGAAUCUCGUUGUACAUCGCGUUAUGGAGGAAUUAGAGGAGGGUAAGGGCAUGGAUAAGGAGGGGCGCAUAUGUAUUGUGAGGGGAGCCGGGGAGACAAUUGGGAGGUUGGCUGCUUGGGAGCUUGUGUAA